UCAUUUCCUGCUGUUUGGCUGUUAGUGUGUGUAUUUACACUGCAUGUAAUGAAUGUUCCUCUGAUUCUUUCAGAGGCCAAAAUAACAUGUCUUGUUUUUCCAAUGACAGAUUCCAGCCCAGUCUCUCAUGUUUUAAAAAUAUAUAUUUUAGAUUAAAUAGUCUACAGUUGUUUUGUUUUUUAUUGUAGGUUAUCGUGGUAUGGUGUAUGCAGAUUUGAUGAGUUCAGUAACCUCUUCUAGUCCAAUUAUAGAUUAUUAUAGAUAUUACGUAACCGUUGACAAUGGGGGACCGUGACUGCAAAGCAGCUCUAGCAGUCGAUAGGUCCAUCGGCAAGUUUAUAGACACGAACGCGCACGCACGCACUCAUCACACCACUCGCCUGUCGCUGAGCCCAGCCAGCGUAACAAGCUAACUCCGAUGUCUUCAGACCAACCGACGAUGAUCCGUUUCCCAGCGACCGCCUUGUCAGAGGCCCGCAUUUCCCCGCUGUGUCCGUGAGUCGUGAGCAUGCCAUCGACCCGGUCUUCAUCUUCCAGCUCGAUAGACACCCUUGUAGCACCAGGAUGUAUUUUAACCGGAGAUCGAAGAAAAUCCACAGCGAGGGAGCCUCGCCUCUCUCCCAUCAAUCGAACGGUGCAGGACCCUCUUGUUCGUCUACCGGCUACCGCAAGGCAGACGAUGAGAUGUCCGGAACUACUUCGCAGGCUGAUCCCAUAGAUGCUUCGGCGCGGAUGGUCCUGCUCAACCGGCCACAGACCACCAAAUUCUGUGACAACCAUGUCAGUACCACUAAGUACGGGGUGCUCACCUUCCUGCCCCGCUUCCUGUACGAGCAGAUCCGUCGCGCCGCCAACGCCUUCUUCCUGUUCAUCGCCCUGAUGCAGCAAAUUCCGGAUGUGUCACCGACGGGUCGCUACACCACCCUGGUGCCACUCAUCUUCAUCCUCACGGUGGCUGGGAUCAAGGAGAUCAUCGAGGACUACAAAAGACAUAAGGCAGACAACACCGUGAACAACAAGAAGACCACAGUUCUCCGGAGCGGAGCGUGGCAGACCAUCAUAUGGAAACAGGUGGCAGUAGGAGACAUAGUGAAGGUGACCAAUGGGCAGCACCUUCCGGCUGACAUGGUCAUAGUGUCCUCCAGUGAGCCUCAGGCCAUGUGCUACACAGAGACCUCCAACCUAGACGGAGAGACCAACCUGAAAAUCCGACAGGGUCUCUCGCUCACGGCCAGCCUGCAGUCCCUGGAGGAGCUGCUGAGUCUGUCUGGUCGUCUGGAGUGUGAGGGGCCCAACAGACACCUGUACGACUUCACAGGGACGCUACGCCUGGAGAACCACAUCGCGGUUCCCCUCGGUCCAGACCAAGUGUUGCUUCGUGGCGCCCAGCUCAGGAACACGCAGUGGGUGGUGGGAAUCAUAGUCUACACAGGGCAUGACUCCAAACUGAUGCAGAACUCGACCAAGGCACCUCUGAAACGCUCCAAUGUGGAGAGAGUGACAAACAUGCAGAUCCUGGUGCUGUUUUGCAUCCUCCUGGUGAUGGCGCUAGUGAGCUCAAUAGGUGCUGCCAUCUGGAACAAGCAACACACCGAGGAAGCCUGCUGGUACCUGUCUCGUAAAGGUGACAUCUCCACUAACUUCAUGUACAACCUGUUGACGUUUAUCAUCCUCUACAACAACCUGAUCCCCAUCAGCCUGCUGGUCACUCUGGAGGUGGUCAAGUUCACACAAGCCCUCUUCAUCAACUGGGAUGAGGAGAUGUACUACUCAGAGACGGACACGCCCGCCGUGGCUCGGACGUCCAAUCUGAACGAAGAACUGGGCCAGGUGAAGUAUCUGUUUUCUGACAAGACAGGGACUCUCACCUGUAACAUCAUGCACUUCAAGAAGUGUACCAUAGCUGGAAUCACAUACGGGCAUUUCCCUGAUCUGGACUGUGAUCGCUCCAUGGAAGACUUCAGUCACCUCCCACCCAGCACCAAAGACUCCACAGAGUUUGACGACCCCACACUCGUCCAGAACAUCGAGAACCACCCCACGUCUGCUCAGAUCUGUGAGUUCCUCACCAUGAUGGCGGUGUGUCACACUGUGGUCCCGGAGAGAGACGCAGACCAGCUCAUCUACCAGGCCUCCUCGCCAGACGAGGGGGCGUUGGUGAAAGGAGCCAAAGGUCUUGGCUUUGUUUUCACUGCUAGAACCCCACACUCUGUCAUCAUUAAUGCUAGAGGAAAGGACCUGACUUUUGAGCUUUUGAAUGUGCUGGAGUUUUCAAGCAACCGCAAACGCAUGUCUGUGGUGGUCCGAACCGCCAGUGGGAAACUGCGUCUGUACUGCAAGGGAGCGGAUAACGUGAUCUUCGAGCGUCUGACAGAGGCGUCCCAGUACAAGGAGCUGACCAUCGCUCACCUGGAGCAGUUUGCCACCGAGGGUCUCAGGACUCUGUGCUUCGCCUACGUGGACCUGGAGGAGACAGCGUACCAGGAGUGGCUGAAGGAACACACCCGCAUCAGCACCGUGCUCAAAGACCGCGCCCAGAAACUGGAGGAGUGCUACGAACUACUGGAGCAGAACCUGCUGUUGUUGGGAGCCACUGCCAUAGAGGACCGUCUCCAGGCGGGGGUUCCAGAGACCAUCGCUACUCUGAUGAGGGCCGACAUCAAGAUCUGGGUCCUCACAGGAGACAAGCAGGAGACGGCCAUCAACAUCGGUUACUCCUGUCGCCUGGUGACACAUGGCAUGUCCCUCAUCAUCGUCAACGAAGACUCACUGGACGCGACGCGUGCCGCCCUGACGGCCCACUGCACCUCCCUGGGAGAGUCUCUGGGGAAGGAGAACGAGCUGGCGCUCAUCAUAGACGGACAGACGCUGAAGUACGCUCUCUCCUUCGAGCUCCGACAGGCUUUUCUGGACCUGGCGCUCUCCUGCAAGGCUGUGAUCUGCUGCCGAGUGUCCCCCCUCCAGAAGUCUGAGAUCGUGGACAUGGUGAAGAAGCACGUGAAGGCCAUCACCCUGGCCAUCGGGGACGGGGCCAACGACGUGGGCAUGAUCCAGACCGCCCACGUGGGAGUGGGCAUCAGCGGCAACGAAGGCAUGCAGGCCACUAACUCCUCCGACUACUCCAUAGCACAGUUCUCCUACCUGGAGAAGCUGCUCCUGGUCCACGGGGCGUGGAGCUACAACCGUGUCACCAAGUGCAUCCUGUACUGCUUCUACAAGAACGUGGUGCUCUACAUCAUCGAGCUCUGGUUCGCCUUUGUGAAUGGCUUCUCGGGGCAGAUCCUGUUUGAGCGCUGGUGCAUAGGCCUCUACAACGUGAUCUUCACGGCGCUCCCUCCCUUCACUCUGGGUAUCUUCGACCGGCCGUGCAGUCAGCAGAACAUGCUGCGCUUCCCCCAGCUGUACCGCAUCACACAGAAUGCAGAGGGCUUCAAUACCAAGGUGUUUUGGGGUCACUGUAUCAAUGCUUUAAUCCACUCAAUAAUACUUUUCUGGUUUCCACUCAAAGCUUUGGAGCACGAUUCAGCGUUCAGUAACGGCCAUGGGAAUGACUACCUGUUUGUGGGGAACAUGGUCUACACAUAUGUUGUAGUAACAGUGUGCUUGAAAGCGGGUAUGGAGACCACUGCCUGGACCAAGUUCUCCCACCUAGCAGUGUGGGGCAGCAUGGUGCUCUGGAUGGUCUUCUUUGCUGUCUACUCUGCCAUCUGGCCCUCCAUACCCAUCGCCCCCGACAUGCUUGGACAGGCUGGGAGAGUCAUGCAGUGCUGGCACUUCUGGCUGGGUCUGGUCCUGGUGCCGGCAGCUUGUCUACUCAAAGACUUUGCGUGGAACGCGGGCCGUCGCACGGUGAGGAAGUCCCUCCUGGAGGAGGUGCAGGAGCUGGAGGCGCGGGCCGUGGACCCGGGGGCUGCUGUCCUCCGAGAUGCCAGCGGCCGCAGGUACGCACACCGCAAAGCAUCGUGGGAUUGCACCUCUACUCGUAGGCAGGGUCGUUAGUCAUCACGGAUUGUGGGAUUUUAACAUUGAUGACUCUAAUUCAGUCCAACAAUAUCAUAUUAAUAGGAGUAUUAUAGAUACUCAACCUUUGAAAAGUUAAAAUGGGAAGUGUAAUUUCAGCCAUGUUUAGUUUAGCCAUUAGUUCCUAGUUUUCACUUUUAAGCUAUAUGAGUGUUAAAGGAGAGAGAUGAUGUCAUAACUGUUCUAACUUCCUGGUGUCCCUUGGUUAAACCUUCCGCAGGCCCAAAGCUAAAGCUGAGGUCCCAUAGAGCCUGUGGGCUCAGGGCACAGACAAACACAGGUAGCGCCUGGGUUUGAGCUGACCGCCCCUGUCUUCGUGACCUAUGACCUUUGGCCUCACGACCUGAGGGCUUUUCUAUCUAGCUUCCUCACUGCAUCCCCCUCUCUCUCCCUGACUCACCACGGCUCUCAUUAGCAUCUCAUCACAAACAUCUCUUUCUCUCUCCUUCUCUCCAUCUUUUGUUCCUCUCCUCUCAGCAAGUGGACAAACUUGCACUGCUGUAAGGACUCGGUGUGUUGACUGUGUGUUCUCUAGCUCGUGACUGUAAGGUAGAGAGAGAGAGAGAGUAGCGCUGUGUGUGCAUGUGUGUGUUUCUGUUGUGUUUUGUUUCAUGUCAUCAGAUUAGAGCCAUCUUUAUUCAAAUUGGAGAGUGCAAGGCAAGAUUCUGGAAAUCCAGCACAGGUGGUCUUCAGUCAGUCAGAAAGACAGGGUUGAGGGCCAGCUCCCAGGUCUGGAACACGGAAAUAAGGUUUAGUUUUGUGGACAGGGA